UAAAAGUAAGAUUGACGGUCCGUCAGUAAGGCCAUAAAUGCACGAUGUUAGACGCGCUGUUUCGUCUUCUUGUUGACCAUCCGCUGAACGAAUAUUUGAUUGCUUUAGGGAUUUUUGCCAUUUUUGCCAUUGUGGUCAUACUGUUAACGUUUGUUCUGCUACAAGUUGCUGGGGUGUUACUGUUGCACUGGAAACAAGUGGCGACCAAAGGUCUGGUUGGACUGGUGAUAUGGGCGCUGGCCGCCAACAUCAGCAACUUCCUGUCCCAAGACCCUUGUAUGGAUGGACUGAGGAAUAUUGAAGUGUUUGAAAACAUCGUUCCUGACCACAUUUGGGGCCAGCCUGUGGCUACGGAGAUGGUGGUAGAAGCAGUUAAAGCCCACCGCACAGCCUUGAACCGGAAGCCGCUGGUUUUGUCCCUCCAUGGCGGUACAGGCACCGGAAAGACCGCACUGAGUUUGCUCUUGGCCAGGACAAUGUUUGGAUAUAAGGAUGGUGAACCAUUUGGCACAUCCGGUGUGUAUGUCAUUGGCAAGCCGGUUGGUGCUUCUAACGAGGAAUACAAGGAAUAUAUAAGGACGACGCUUGAUGGCGCCCUAAGGUCUGGCAGUGGUUCCCUUUUUGUGUUUGAACGCAUGAAGUCCGUACCAGGCAAUAUUGGCCAACUCCUGAAGACAAUACUUGAGGACAGUGAACAUAACUAUCCAUGUAAAGAUGAGACCAUUUUUCUCCUCAGCACCCAUAUCGGAUCCAAAAACCUUGAGGAUGUGGCUCUCGACUCGUGGAAACACGGCAUCGACCGCGAUCGCAUAGAUCAUCGGGAGCUCCAGGCCGCUAUCAGUACCGCUUCCGGUGACAACGAGACCGACAGGUGGCAUCGGCGGAUGACAGAACAUGGACUAAUCACCAAGAGUAUCCCUUUUCUGCCGCUUGACCGCUCAACCGUCCGACGCUGCAUAGUCCACGAAAUGCCAUACCUUCCUCACGUUAACGAGAACAAGAAAUUAGCGGAUGUGCGGUAUGCCAUGGGUCUACGGAAUUUUCAUGCUAGUGGGAGCAUCGUCUUUGCAAAAAAGGGGUGUGCCAACAUCAGUUUAACUGUUCCAUAAGUAAUACAAAGGUCCACGUCCGGUGUUAAAGCCAGUUGAACAUGAUCUUUAAUUAGUAGCAUGAAUAUUUUUGUUUUGUAUUGUUAAAUACCUUAUUACUCUUUAUACACUUUUAAGAAACUAUCAUGUUCCAUGAUCACAUGAGACAUACUAUGCUCUGUAGUAUAAUCGCUUUUCAUGUAUUUUUAUUGUUUCAAUUACAAUAUCAACCAAUAUAUCACGACAUACUAAGUGAAUUCUCCAAUACAGUUAUUUUCACUUUUUCAUACUUAGCAACACCAAUUUUGUCUGAUAAAACAUGAAGUGAUGUGCACACUCUCUUUAUUAUGUCGACAUACUAAUGAACGGAACUUAAGCACAUUGUGUUAUGCCAAGAUCCAGUCAGAUAGUAUUUUUCAAUAUUUAUGUUGCUAUAACAACCAUUUUUGGUCUGUCAAAACGACGCGCAUUACCUCCUAUUUUAUUUAUAUCCGCAUAAUAAGUUUACUUAACCUAACGUGCAUACUUCUUGAGAUAGUUUUGGGUCCAGUUUUUCAAGAUUGAUGGACAGACUGACCGAUGGGGGGUAAACCUUUAGUCGCCUCCGGUAAAACGGAUACACCGCUAGGCACAGUCUGUAUAUAACCUGUUUUUACGCGUUCAUGUUGAACAAAUACUUAUAUUUUAAAAGUUGUCUGCAUUUAUAUACAAAAUAGAGGUCAUCCUGAUCUGGUCAUUGCUGACAUUAUUGUACAAACAGACGUCAACAAAUAAUGAUAAAUUGUAUAAAGUAGAUAUCGACAUGCUCCUUUAAUAAUAAAUACUAGUCAAAGUAUGUGUUCUUUUCGUUGGAUAUACACACAGAAAAUGGUGUUGUCCAAAACUGAGAGAGUGUGAACUAUGUAACAAUAACGAUUUAAAGGAUGAGUAUCACUUAAUGGUUGUGUGUGAUGUAUUUAAUGGCGUAGGGAGAGGGUAUACCCCUUCUUUAAAUUACAUGUACUAUAGAAAUAGACAAGUAUGUACACAUUUUCCCAAUUGUCCAAUGUAAAAUAUAGGUAGUCCCUAUAUAAAAUAUGAGUGUAUGUCAUUAAAGUUUCCAGACUUAGAGACAAUAGUAUUAACAUAGUAUAAUAUAAUAUACGGUGUAUGAUAUAAUGCAUUUCCUUCAUUAUGUGAUUUAUGUGACACAACAAGCUACUUAUCUCUUUAAAGUGUGAACUUUCAAUGCAUGUUGUGCACAUUAAUGAAUUAAUUAUUUGUAUAUGAAGAG